AUGUUGUUUUACUCGUACUUUAAGACGCUCGUCGGGAAACCGGUGACGGUGGAGCUCAAGAACGAUCUCGCCAUCACGGGAACGCUCGUCUCGGUGGAUCAGUACUUGAACAUUAAGCUUGAGAAUACGCGGGUGGCGGAUGAGGAGCGGUACCCGCACAUGCGGAGCGUGCGGAACUGUUUCAUUCGCGGAAGCGUGGUGCGAUACGUGCAAAUUCCAGAGGGGUGCGUCGACGUGGACAUUCUCCACGACGCGACGCGUCGUGAGGCUCGAGGGGCGUGA